AGAAGUGAACAGUCUUUUAACGGGCGUCUAGUGCUAGCGCGCUGUGACGUAAUGUGAGGGUUCGCCCAGGAGGGCUGAGCAGGACCAAUGAGGAAAGGCAAGGGGCUGGUUUGCCUGUUCUCACGCUCCACCCUCAGACCUAGCCUGAGGAAAGUUUCCCUUAUAGGAGGGGGAGGGGCGAACAUGGCAGCCCGUUGGUGGUUUUGGUGUGUAUCUGCAACCAUGGUGGUGGCGCUGCUACUCGUUUACGAAGUUCCCUCGGCCUCUGCCCAAAGAAAGAAAGAGAUGGUGUUAUCUGAAAAGGUUAGUCAACUGAUGGAAUGGACCAAUAAAAGACCUGUAAUAAGAAUGAAUGGAGACAAGUUUCGUCGCCUUGUUAAAGCCCCACCGAGAAAUUACUCCGUUAUUGUCAUGUUCACUGCUCUCCAACUUCAUAGACAGUGUGUCGUUUGCAAGCAAGCUGAUGAAGAGUUCCAGAUCCUGGCAAACUCCUGGCGAUACUCCAGUGCAUUUACCAACAGGAUAUUUUUUGCAAUGGUGGAUUUUGAUGAAGGCUCUGAUGUAUUUCAGAUGCUAAACAUGAAUUCAGCUCCGACUUUCAUCAACUUUCCUGCAAAAGGGAAACCCAAACGGGGUGAUACAUAUGAAUUGCAGGUGCGGGGUUUUUCAGCUGAGCAGAUUGCCCGGUGGAUUGCAGACAGAACUGAUGUCAAUAUUAGAGUAAUUAGGCCCCCGAAUUAUGCUGGUCCUCUUAUGUUGGGAUUGCUUUUGGCUGUUAUUGGUGGACUUGUGUAUCUUCGAAGAAGUAAUAUGGAAUUUCUCUUUAAUAAAACUGGAUGGGCUUUUGCAGCUUUGUGUUUUGUGCUUGCUAUGACAUCUGGUCAAAUGUGGAAUCAUAUAAGAGGACCGCCAUAUGCUCAUAAGAAUCCCCACACAGGACAUGUGAAUUAUAUCCAUGGAAGCAGCCAAGCCCAGUUUGUAGCUGAAACUCACAUUGUUCUUCUGUUUAAUGGUGGAGUUACUUUAGGGAUGGUGCUUCUAUGUGAAGCCGCUACCUCUGACAUGGAUAUUGGAAAGCGAAAGAUAAUGUGUGUGGCUGGUAUUGGACUCGUUGUAUUAUUCUUCAGUUGGAUGCUCUCUAUUUUCAGAUCUAAAUAUCAUGGGUAUCCAUAUAGCUUUUUGAUGAGUUAAAAAGGAUCCCAGAGAUAUGUAGACAUUGGAAUAAUGGAAAGUGAAAAACGAAAAACGUGUGUGUGUUUGAAAAGAAGAAUGCAACUUGUGUAUUGUGUAUUACCUCUUUUUUUCAAGUGAUUUAAAUAGUUAAUCUUUUAACCAAAGAAGAUGUAUAGUGCCUUAACAAGCAAUUUCCUGUCAAAAUCAUUAAGUAUUUGGAAAUGAUUCUCCUCUUAACUUUUUCUUCCCAGUAAACCUUACGGAAGUUUAGUUUAGUAAAAUUAAGUAUGUUAUAAAAAUUUUUUUAAACUACUACUUCUUUUUAAUUAGAACAAAGCUGAAAACUGCUUUAGUUAACUUUUGGUCAUUUGAUUUUAUAUUGCCUUAUUCAAAAAUGGGGAAAGAAAGUCCUGACCAGGUAUUUGCACAUAUGCCUUUUACAGAUAAAUACAUCAGGAAUCCAUUCUUAGCUUUUCCAUCUUUGCAUGGAUGUGUAUACUUUACGCAUCUUUUCUUUUCAGUAGAGAAAUUAUAUGUGCCAUGUGGUCUUCUAAAAUCAGAACACCAUUCUUCAGAGUAAACAUUUAGCCUUUUGAAAGACAGUCUUCUUCCUCCUGUGUCUUUCCUACUGAAAUAUAGUACUAUCUAUGUUUCUU